AUGGGCGCGCUGGCCCGGGCGCUGCUGCUGCCGCUGCUGGUCCAGUGGCUGCUGCGCGCGGCCCCGGCGGCGGCCCCCGCGCCCUUCACGCUGCCUCUCCGGGUGGCAUCGGCCAGCAGCCGCGGGGCGGCGCCCACCCCUGGGCCCGGACCCCCCGCCGAGCCCCGCGCGGACGGCCUGGCGCUCGCCCUGGAGCCCGCCGGGGGUGCAGCCAACUUCUUGGCCAUGGUGGAUAACCUGCAGGGGGACUCUGGCCGCGGCUACUACCUGGAGAUGCUGAUCGGGACGCCCCCGCAGAAGCUGCAGAUACUUGUUGACACUGGAAGCAGCAACUUCGCCGUGGCCGGGGCCCCGCAUCCCUACGUCGACUCAUACUUUGACACGGAGAGGUCCAGCACCUACCGCCCCAAGGGCUUUGAUGUCACCGUGAAGUACACGCAAGGGAGUUGGACUGGCUUCGUUGGGGAGGACGUUGUCACCAUCCCAAAAGGCUUCAACAGUUCUUUUCUGGUCAACAUUGCCACCAUCUUUGAGUCAGAGAAUUUCUUUUUGCCUGGGAUUAAAUGGAAUGGGAUACUUGGACUGGCUUAUGCUACCCUGGCCAAGCCAUCAAGUUCUCUGGAGACAUUCUUUGAUUCCCUCGUGGCACAAGCGAAGAUCCCCAAUGUUUUCUCCAUGCAGAUGUGUGGGGCUGGAUUGCCAGUCGCUGGAUCUGGUACCAACGGAGGUAGUCUUGUCCUGGGUGGAAUUGAACCAACCUUGUACAAAGGAGACAUCUGGUAUACCCCUAUUAAGGAGGAGUGGUAUUACCAGAUAGAAAUUCUGAAAUUGGAAAUCGGAGGUCAGAGCCUUAACCUGGACUGCAGAGAGUAUAACGCGGACAAGGCCAUCGUGGACAGUGGUACCACACUGCUGCGCCUGCCCCAGAAGGUGUUUGAUGCCGUGGUCGAGGCAGUGGCCCGCACGUCUCUGAUUCCAGAAUUCUCUGAUGGCUUCUGGACGGGGUCCCAGCUGGCAUGCUGGACAAAUUCUGAAACACCUUGGUCUUAUUUCCCUAAAAUCUCCAUCUACCUGAGAGAUGAGAACUCCAGCAGAUCAUUCCGCAUAACUAUCCUGCCUCAGCUUUACAUUCAGCCCAUGAUGGGGGCUGGCUUGAACUAUGAAUGUUACCGAUUCGGCAUCUCACCUUCCACAAACGCGCUGGUGAUUGGUGCUACCGUGAUGGAGGGCUUCUACGUGGUCUUUGACAGAGCUCGGAAGAGGGUGGGCUUCGCAGCCAGCCCCUGUGCAGAAAUCGCAGGUGCUCCGGUGUCUGAAAUUUCUGGGCCUUUCUCGACAGAGGACAUAGCCAGUAACUGCGUCCCUGCCCUGCCUCUGAGCGAGCCCAUUUUGUGGAUCGUGUCCUACACUCUCAUGAGCGUGUGUGGAAUCAUCCUUCUUACCUUAAUCAUCCUGCUGCUACUUCCAUUCCGGUGCCGGCAUCUACCCCCAGAUCCCGAGGUCGUCAAUGAUGAGUCCUCUCUCGUCCGGCAUCGCUGGAAAUGAAGAGAAAAGCCUAAACUCUAGCAACCUUGAACUCAAGGAUUAUGACAAUUCAAGGGGCAGCAGGCAGGGGUUAUAAGGCAAGGUUUCUCCCUGUGUCCAUUAGUCUUAAGUCUCUGUUCUGCUCCCAGAUGCCUUCCAGAUUCACUGUAUUUUGAUUCUUGAUUUUAAAGCUUCCGCCUACUCUCCUACUUCCAAGGAAAAUGAUAAUAAAAGACACCUCAUUCAUAA